AUGAUUUCUGAUGCAGGCACACAGCUAGUAGCUGCAGGCAAGGAAUUGGAUAAGUUUGAAGUAGAAUGGAACGUCAUCAAAUCUGCGGACGCUCCAUGGGAGAAUGGUUGUAGUGAAUCCUUAAUCAAGUCUGUGAAUCGAUGUCUGCAAAUUGCUGUUGGGGAUUCAAUUUUAACGUUUUCAGAGUUGCAAACUGUGUUGUUUGAAGCUGCAAAUUUAAUAAAUGAGAGACCUAUCGGGACCAAGGUGUGUGACCCAAACGAAGGAACGUACUUAUGCCCGAAUGAUUUGCUGUUAGGGAAAUCCACUGUUCGGGUUCCUCAGAUGCAAAUGGAAGAACGUUGCAAUCCACGAUUGAGAUGGAAAUUCAUUCAACAGCUGGUUGAUACCUUUUGGAAAAGAUGGAUUAGAGAUUACUUUCCCACUCUUAUUGUGAGACAGAAGUGGCAUACAAGCAGGAGAAAUCUGAAGCAGGGUGAUCUUGUGUUAGUCCAGGAUACAAAUCUAAUUCGUGGAAAGUGGAAACUUGCUCAAGUUGCCGAGGCAGAGCCUGGAACAGACGGAAAGGUACGAGACGUCACAGUGCGAUACAAGAACGUGGGACCAGGUGCAAAGUAUGACGGGUGUACUGACACUGUCAUUCGCAGAUCUGUUCAUAGACUUGUAGUUAUACUACCAGUGGAUGAAUGUGAUUAG